AUGGGGAAGAAGUAUAACCAGCUGCAUGAGUCGCCAGCGAACAUCCACUGGUCACGCGAUGAACAGACGAUUUAUUAUCUUGGAAUGGGAGUUGAGCUUGAAAAGGUUAGGGAAAUGUGCCAUGACUUGAUAGGAUUACUACAAAGAUUACUAUACAAUCUGGCGUUUGAUUCAGAGCUGCCCAUGGUAGAUUUGAGCCAGAUCGUUGACAGCAUGGCUUGGAACACGAAAUUUCGACAGUCUGAGUACAGCUUCAUCAACCAUGGAAGCAAGGAGUGGCAGUUGCUUCAAAGAGCAGGCGAUGGAUCAUACAAAUGGAACGACUCACAGAAGCAGGCGUACUUGAAUCAAGAGCGUGGCCAGCCAGCUCGAGGACCAGAGAUUGGAUCGAUCAAGAUGUGCUUCUUAACCAUGUACGAUAAGGCAAGAAAGAGGAGGGGAAACACAGAUUACAUUGUUCGGUUCUUGCCCAAUGAGAGCUGGCGACACGUAGCCAUUGGAAUUGCUGUACGGCAUUUACUACGAGCAAGCAAGACGUGGGAGAAGGACGAUGAAGAGGAUGAAGGAGAGUUUGCAGAGGGUGAUGAUGAAGAAGAGUUGGAGCAGAACACAUUCCGACAUAUCAUGGUUAGACAAUCAGGGCAUGGGCAGAGAGUAGCCCAAGCUCAUUAUGCAGUUGACGGAGCAUUCUUGCAUCGACUAGGCCCAGAGUUAAUCACAGCAUAUGAGCAAGCUUCAGUAGCAUGGCACGAGUUGUUAGGGUUGGCACAGGCUGAGGGGAAAGGAAAGCAUGGGCGACAAGCCAGCCAGCAAUUAACACCAGUUGGCAUCAAACGAGAGAGGAGAGAGAGCAAGCAUGGGGUGAAGGCAAAGGCAUUAGAUGGGUUGCGACGGAUCUAUGGCCCACAAGCGCAGCCACGAUCUGAAGGACAAGCUGCAGCACUACAACUUGUUCACCAGCCCCCAGUCACAUCGAUUAUCGUGUUGCCCACAAGCAGUGGCAAGUCAGUGCUGUUCUUUUCAGUGGCUGCCAUGGCUGUUGACCAGACAGUGAUUGUGGUCGUUCCAUUCACAGCACUAGUUGAAGAUAUCGUGGCUCGAGGACAGGCUGCUGGGCUGCACUGUAAAGAGUGGAGCUAUAGUAAUCAUUAUAGUAGUCAAGAGUUGGUGCAGCUGCUGGUUGUCAGUGCUGACCAGGCCGUCAGUGGGCAGUUUCUCCACGAGGCUAAGGGGUACGAGUUGAAUGGGCAGCUAGCUCACAUGUUCUUUGAUGAAUGCCAUGUUGCAUUUACAGAUACAUCAUAUCGAGAGCGGCUUCGAGAGCUGUGGAAACUACGGUACUUAAAGUGUCCAUUUACAGCAUUAACAGCCACAUUGAUGGUUGAGCUAGAAGAUGUAUUACGAGACAGGCUAUUAAUUGAGGAUGCAGUACUACUACGACGGAGCACUGCACGGCCGACCAUUCGAUAUCAGGUGCAGGAUAGUAAGGAAGAAGCAGCAUCUGCGGUCGGACUUCGAUUACUAGAAAGACUACUAUACUUGCCAGAUGGGAAACGUGGAGUGGUUUAUGUACGGAGCUAUGCAACUGGCGACUUAAUCAGCAGUGCUUUAGAGUGCUCAUUUUACAAGGCACGCGCAGAUGAUAAGGGCGAAACACUACAGAAGUGGGCUCAAGGAAGUGGAGGAUGGAUUGUGGCGACAGGAGCAUUAGGGACAGGAAUUAAUAUUCCAGGGAUCAUAUAUGUGGUGCAUAUUGAUAGGCCAUAUGGAUUGACGAGCUUUGCUCAACAGUCAGGAAGGGGAGGAAGAGAGGGAGAGGUUAAGCAGGGAGUGCAGGCGAGUAGUAUUAGGGCACUACUUUGA